CGCUUCUCGGGGUUGAAGAACCCCCACCCCUUAAAAAGGAGGCGUAGGCUAAUUUGGGCAAAUUAGCUGCGUAAAAACUAGAUAAAAACGCCUUAAAAACGGGAGCACCUUAACAUGUACUCCAAUAAGGUGGACGGCCCACGCAGAGGAAGAUCCUUUGACUCCAUGAACAUAGGCUUUGAAGAAAAACUGCUCAACAAUGAGAUAAACAAGUCGACCUUCUCAAAGAUCGAAGAAAACACGGAAAAGAAGAAUUCGUCAGAGAAAGGGAGAGCAACGAUCAUCUUCUCCCUCAAAAAUGAAGUAGGGGGACUUGUGAAGGCUCUCAAACUCUUCCAAGAAAACCAUGUCAACCUUGUGCACAUUGAGUCCAGAAAAUCCAAAAGACGUAACUCUGAGUUUGAAAUUUUUGUGGACUGUGACAGUAACCACGAACAACUGAACGAAAUCAUCCAUCUGCUUCGGAAGCAUGUAAAUGUGGUGGACAUGGACCCUCCAGAUAACUCCUGCCUGCUCGAAGAAGACAUGUACGAUGUACCUUGGUUCCCAAAGAAAAUUUCCGACUUGGACAAAUGUGCUAACCGUGUCCUGAUGUAUGGAUCUGAGCUGGAUGCUGACCAUCCGGGUUUUAAGGACAAUGUCUAUCGCAAAAGAAGAAAGUAUUUUGCUGAUCUUGCUAUGGCCUACAGACAUGGGGAUCCCAUCCCUCAUAUUGAGUUCACAGAGGAGGAAGUGAAGACCUGGGGUGUCGUGUACAGGGAGCUGAUCAAGUUGUACCCCACCCACGCCUGUCGGGAAUACUUGAAGAACCUGCCACUGCUGUCCAAAUAUUGUGAAUGUCGGGAGGACAACAUCCCUCAGCUGGAGGAUGUUUCACGCUUCCUCAAAGAACGAACUGGAUUCACCAUCAGACCAGUGGCAGGUUACCUGUCCCCACGGGACUUCCUCGCUGGUUUGGCCUUCCGGGUUUUCCACUGCACCCAGUAUGUGCGGCACAGCUCUGACCCCUUAUACACCCCAGAACCGGACACAUGCCAUGAACUGCUGGGACACGUCCCGCUGCUAGCAGAGCCCAGUUUCGCUCAGUUUUCUCAAGAGAUUGGUCUUGCUUCACUGGGGGCCUCGGAUGAUUCUGUUCAGAAACUGGCAACAUGCUACUUCUUCACGGUGGAGUUUGGCCUAUGCAAACAAGAAGGCCAGCUGCGAGCAUAUGGAGCCGGCCUGCUGUCAUCUAUCAGUGAGCUGAAGCACGCGCUUUCUGGAAAUGCAAGGAUAAUGCCUUUUGACCCCAAAGUGACAAGCAAGCAGGAAUGCAUCAUCACGACAUUUCAGGAUGUCUACUUUGUGUCAGACAGUUUUGAGGAGGCCAAAGUCAAGAUGAGGGAGUUUGCCAAGACCAUCAAGCGUCCCUUCACCGUUCGUUACAACCCGUACACCCAGAGCGUCGACGUGCUGAAAGACACUCCGAGCAUCAACAGCGUAGUCGAGGAGCUCCGACAUGAGCUUGACAUUGUGGGCGACGCCCUCAAUCGGCUCAACAAGCAACUGGGCGUCUGAACUGAACACCGUUUAGCCGUCUCCAGCUUAUCCACGCUCACCAUUGGAACCUCCCCUCCGGCGCUGCUGUAGUGAUGUCUGCUUGUGUUUUUUGUCACUAACAUGAAUGAUCUCCAAUCCUCUUUUGUCAUCACUGUGUGUUUUAUGGCUUCGACUAUUUUAAGGUGAAUUAGAUGGCCGUGUUUAACUUUCAUGUCAGUAAGUUCCACAAACCCAAAGAGCUGCUUGAUUUGACGCACUACUUUCACUUCCAUUGUGCUGAAUUCUGUAUCGCAAACAAUCAACGUGCUUUGACUUUUUUUUUUUAAUCCUUCCCUGUUGUUACUAACACUGAAGCAAACUGUUCCUCCUCCUGUUGACGCUGGUGUUGUGUAACUGUAAUUUAUUUCUUUUGUAAUUUAUUUGUCCAGUAAUAAUCUGUACCGUCUUCUUAUUGCUUUGCUGUCUGUAUUCUGGUCUCUUCUGAGAGCUGUUUGAAGGAAAUUAUGAAAGAUAAAACUUUAA